AGGGGUUACUUUACAUUGUUGGUCAACGUUUUAUAGACAGUAGAUUUAAUUUUACAUGAAUUUGCAUGCAUGCACAAGUCGCAAUAAGGGGGCUUGUCUUUUAAGUGGACAUCAUGCAUGUGUGUGUGAUUCAACUCUGACCAUGUGGAAUAAAAUGUGAAGACUUCAAAGGACUAGACCGAGAUCUUGAGCAAAGGUGAGUAGCCAAUCAGUGCAGAGUGACCCUUGGCCAAUCAGUGAUGCUGUCCUACAGAACGAGCGUUUCUUUGAACCCUUGCUUCUCCGAAGAGGCCCAUGUGACCUAAGCAGCCUGACCAGAAGGGGAGCACAGGCUUCUGCAAAGACGCCCAAAUGACUUCAGCUCCAGAUCGUGGCAAAGAAUGCCUUCCGCCGAAGAAAAGGGAAUUCCAAGCCUCGAGACAGAGCUCGUCUGAGCAGCACCCGAAGGAUGACUUCAAGCAGCCUCCACCCUACAGAAACCGAACUGGGGGGAAACUAACAGACAGCAAAGAACCGGCCAAAGGACCUCUGCUGGCCUCACAUUACAGUAAAGAUCUGCUGCCACCACCUCCACCGCCACCACCUAAGUUUAUACCGCCUGAUUGGACGUUGCAGUGGCCUAUCUCCUUUUUCUCCCAACAGCAAGACCGCUAUAGCUCUAGCCAGGUUGGAGACAAGCUUAGCUCAAGCUCACCAACUUGGAGGGAGCAGUGUGCAAGGUCUGUGGACCCAGCCGACUCCAACCUCAAUCACUUGAGAUGGAAACACAAACCAGGUCAAGUGAUGCUCCACCAAACCAGAGGACCUAGUUCAUACCAUUCUAGCUUUGUUGCAAGUACAAAGGAUAAUUGGGGAUGCUUGAAUCUGGGCAAGCAGACGUUAGGUCCCUCUGUCCUGUCACCUGGACCCCACUUCUCCCAGCAAUCGGCUUAUCCAAGAGAUCGCAUUCACGACAACAGGAAGUACUUUGCAGCAAAGGAGGUCAAUGGCCUCGAUGGGAGGGACAGCAGGCAUGAGCACAUCCGCAGGUCAAUGCAGAGCCAAGAGUCUGACUACCACAGCAAGACGGAGUUCACGGUCUCUCACGGUGGCUAUACCAAUGGAAAGAGAAGACACCUGGGAGAUCAGAAAUGCCUGGCUGUGGUGUCAGCUAAAGACAGUCAGCCACUGGAAGUCCCUAAAGCACAUUCCCCGCAGCAGGACAAGGACUCUUGCAUCACAGUUAAUACACUUUCAGCUGCAGCUACAGAAAAAAGGAGAGUCAAUCACGAAGAACGGAAUGCCUCCAGCUCCAUGAACUCCAUGGGCAGAGCUCAAAUUUAUUAUGCCGUUCCGUCUCUGUAUCCUGCUGCUCUGCAGGCACCGAUAGCUUAUCCAAUCUACAGUCACCCUGGGCAGGUAAUGGCUUUCGGACUGGAGACAGAAGCAGCACAGAAAAUGGUGAUCUCAGGACUCUCUCCCCUAGACAGGAAUGUGGAAAUGAUGAGAAGGGGAAGAUCGCUCAGCCACAGUUUGGAUCACUCUUCUGGAGCGCCUAUUGACUACUCUUGUUCCUCGCCGGCAGGGUCUCGUUCACAGUCUUCUGCCACAGCCACCUCCAAGCCCUCUCCCACUUCCUCUCCUGCUCCACUUUCACCCCUGGUCCUGACGCACUUCACGAAGGGGUCCCUCAUUCAGCUGAGCACUGGCGAGCUGAAGAACGUGGAGGACCUACAAACGGACGAUUUCCUGCGCUCUGCAGCUGUGAGCCCCGAGUUUCACCUGAGCUUCUGCACCAUCCAGCACAUCUCCCCCAGCCCCAGCCAGGGCUGUGCUCACCUUCAAGUGCUGCUAGGAGAUCAGAAAGUACAGGAGUUGCUGAAAGUCUUAGUUGAAUACCCAUUCUUUGUCCGCAAUCAAGGCUGGUCUUCCUGUUGCCCACAGAGAACACUCCAGCUCUAUGGACUUUCCUGUCAUCAGCUCAUGGUUGGAGAUGUCUGCCUCGUGCUCACACCUGCACCCACACCCUCACCUGUGCCAUCCACAGACCAUCAGGGCCAGACCAGUGGGAAGAACUUUGUCGUUCCGCCAAGCCGCCAGACAGACACUGCCCCACAGACCAGCACAGGGGCUGUGGAGAGAACGUCCAGGUCUGGAAAUAUGCCCCCUUCUUCUUCUACCCUGAGACUGACCACUGAGGACACAGUGACGUCGGACAAGCGUCAACAAAGCAGGAAAAGGCGAUGGUCGGCCCCAGAGUUUGUUGGAGCUCACAGGACCCCUGUAGAUUUACCUCACAGUCCCAAACACGGAAAGCAGCAGUAGCAAUCAAGUACUGCCAAAGAACUGCCUCGUAAAUGAGUGCUGUUGACUGUUCAUUUCAAGAAGAAAAAGGAAGUUCUCAGGAUUCAAGGUUGCAAGCAGCUCUAUUCAGGCAGAAGCAAGUAAAAUUAUAUAAUCUUUUUUUUUUGUGCUCUGUAACAACAAGGGAACCAGAUGCAUCGUGUUUAUGUUUUACCUGGGGAGUGUCUGGAAUCAGAAGGGAAAUUCUUUAAAGAAAGCGGAGACCUUUGCUAAUACAAUCAAACUAAUUAAUGUAUGUGUUUCCAUUUUUCCCCAUAAAUCACUGUCUCUUGCCCAUAAAAAUAGUUUACUGCAGGAUUUUUAAUUUUUGUUAACCUAAACUCAGUGAUCCCUUUUUUAAGAAAAAUAGUAUAAACACAAUAUUCAGAUCUAAAUAAUGAUGUCAAAUUGACAAACUGUUUCAUUUAUAUGGAAAAGAUGUAAAUUGAAUCAAGCAGACAUUAUUAAUGAAUUUGUCAAGCCUUUUCACUUCGUCCAAUAUCCUGCUUCACUAAGCAUUAUCCUCCAAUUUGUUCUUAACAUUUUUUCAGAAAGAAUUACAAAACAACACUAAUGGAAGUUAUGUAACAGACAGGCACAGUUCAUAUGGAUUAUUCCGAGUUGCUCUGUGCAAAAGUCAUUCCUAACUUGCUUUCUGGCACUCAUUAGUGUUUCUACAGCAUGUAUUGAGAUAUAUGGUGCUACUAACAUGUUGGAACACAAUGCUUUGUGAAUUUUUUCCCAUGUUCGUUUGUGUUUGUGUAUGUGUUACAAUGCAGGGAAAACAACAAAAUAAUUUAGAUACGGGUAUCCCUUAUCCACCCAACUCUUUUAGUUUUUUGACUGAGAAAAGGUUUUUUUGUUUUAUUUUCAAAUGUUACAGCUAUAAAAUUGUAUUUUUUAAAUAUUGGAUCUGUAAAACAUUGUUGGUUAGAAAUAAAGAAAAGCUUUAUAGAUU